AGAGUAGUUUUCAUUUUCAAGUCUGAAAGUAGGUGUUUAAAUUAUGAUUUGAAUACUCCCCAAGUACUAAAGACACGUCCCCAUCCUCAAAUAAAUCAAGAACUUGAGAAUUAACGUUGUUCAAGCGUUUCAUGUUUCGUCGUCUCCUUUUCUUUUUGUUUUUUUACAGUUUCGCUCUAUAAAAACCCAUGCAUCUCCAUUUUUCUCUUUCAUCUACUGUAACCUUUGGAAUGAAAAUCUGAAAUCUUUUUACAUAAUGGGCCUUUCUCUAUAAGAAGUAUCUUCUCUGUUGAGGCUUUGUCAUAAGAUUACUGGGAAAAAUCUGAUUUUCCUACUCAAAAAAAGUUAAAUUAUUUUGUGUCCAUUUAAAUUGUGAAAGUGAUAAGAAUGAAUAUGCAAUUUCUGAUGAAUUCUUCUAAUUCCAACAGAUUUCCUCAAGAAAUGAACUUUAUAAACCCACCUUCUGCGAACUCUCUCCAGGAUAAAGAGAGUGGUGGAAUGGAGUUUCAGUAUUUGAAUGCACCAACAGAGCAAAAUCAGAGAAGGGCAGAGGGAAGAGUAAACAAGAAGAAAAUUUACAGGACUGAAGAUGAGGAAAUUUGGAGGAAAAGAUCACACACAAAACUGUGUGCCAGAGGCCAUUGGAGACCUCAUGAAGAUGCUAAACUCAAAGAACUUGUUGCCCAGUUUGGUCCUCAAAACUGGAAUCUCAUUGCUGAGAAACUUCAAGGAAGAUCGGGGAAAAGUUGCAGACUGAGAUGGUUUAACCAGUUGGAUCCAAGGAUUAACAGAAGUGCUUUCACUGAUGAAGAAGAAGAAGCACUUUUGGCUGCACACAGAAUGUAUGGCAACAAAUGGUCCCUGAUUGCCAAGCUCUUUCUCGGAAGAACUGAUAAUGCAGUCAAGAAUCAUUGGCAUGUGAUCAUGGCAAGAAAAUACAAAGAGCAAAACAGUACUUACAGAAGAAAAUCCAAUUUCUCACCGGAGGGAUUUCCCAUGACUGAUCUCCAAAUAUGCAAUGCAUCAAGUGCAACAACAGUUUCUAGUAAUAAUCUACUCGAGUCUCAAAUAGGAUUAAAUGAAGAGGGAAAAGUUGGUAAAGGGCCAAUGGCAAAUGGCGUGUUAGUGGAUCAAUCUGGUCAUUCAGAUUCAAACUCACACUCUGAAGUUUCUGCAUCUGAAUCAGUAGCCAACAACAGGGCCAAUCUCUGCAUGUCUGGGCAAGAAGAUUAUCAGAAUGGAAAAUUACACGAGAGCAACUUGGCAUUCAUUGAUUUUCUUGGAGUGGGAGCCACUUGAUAGAAAUUUUUACACUCCCAGUCAGUACUGUAGGUUUCUUGGGGGGUCCCUAAGUUUAGACAGAGACAUAUAACUAAAGAACAGUAUUGAAGAGUGUAGCUAUUGCUCAGAAUGGUUAGCCAUUAAUGUACAUCUCUCCAAUUUGAGCAUAAUAAGUGAGUUUUGCAGGAA